AUGAAGGCCGCUGAAACAGGUACUGUGGAGCUUUUAGAGCUUGCUUGGAUGUUCUUACUUGUGGAUUCCUUCGUGGAGCGAGUUGGACUACUUCCUCUCUCUGAGGGUCCUUCCAACGUUGAGAUUCUGUGGAGUGAUCUUAGCCAGUGGGCGCCCUCUAAAGAUUCGCCACCCGCACCGCUGGUGGCCGAACCGGUGUCCACGCACCCCCAGCCGCGGCCCCAGCGCCUUUCAAAAGUCGCCGGGGCCCCCGCGCGCCCCGCUGCCUCCGUGGGGCUCCCUGCUGGCCUGCGCGCCAGCCCGUCCAGUCCCCUUCGCUGGCUUUUGGGGCUUUAUGGUCCCGCCUGCUCUCGAAAGGUGAAGGAGCCGAGCCGCGGCAGCGCAGGGAGGGGAGCCUCGGGCCAGCGGCACCUCACCUCCGGGCUCCUGCUGGGCCGGGCAAGGCCGCAGGCCAGCCCCAUUGACACCCUCUCAGCGCCCCCCGAGGGAAGCCCAGCUGGGCGCCCACUCCCCUUUCCCUGUGUCAUGGCUCAGAGGAACCUAAAACCGAAGAGGAAGCUGAAGUGUUGCCCGUGCCUCCCCUGGCCGGGGUCAGACGAGGAUGGGGCUGGAGAGCAGUGCAUUCCUUUAGAAUCAGAUGAAGAAGCAAAACUUCUUGGCCACUUUGAAAACUCUGAUGACCACCAGGAAAACUUCAGUAAAGUUUAUUACCAAAUAAAAGAAAAAGCUAGAAAACACAAGAAGCAACAGAAGGCUUCAAUGAACAGUCAGAAUAUGCAACUGUGUAAAGACAGAGAAGUCACAAUAGGUUUAGAGAACCACAGUCUGUCGAAGAAUGCUCCAAACAUUUCCAAUGCUUCAGCUUUUAAGAAGAAUAAAAAUUCUAAAAGCAAAAAUCUUGGCAAUGAUAUAAAAAAUGGUCUGGAGUUUAUCAAACCAACCCAAGAUGAUGGUUUUCCGAACCAAGUUUUUUCUCUUUCAUCUCUGUCUUUAUCUAUUAUGGAAAAGAAAGCAAAGGGGGAAAAAAUACCUCAAAAAAGCAAUAGGCAAGACCAGCUGCCAGACAGAAAUUUCAAAAGAGUUUGUAAAAGCCCCAGACUCCCAAAGAGGAAUAAAAACAAGGCUGAACCACUCUGUCAGCACUUCCAUGCCCUCCUGUCACAAACUCCCUCCUUAAAUGAGAGCAAUGACGAACAGGUAGCCCACAUUUCUAGAGACAAUGAAGAUGGUAAAGCCUUGUGUGAAUGGAAGGGUAUUAAUUCUGCAUUAUGCUAUUUUGAAGAUGGCAUCCUAACUGGUUUCAAGAAGCGUCAGAAACCACAUAAGAGAAUCUUGUUCAGGGAGGGAAUAGGAGUUAAAACCCCUGAAACAAAUGGUCUACAGCCUCUUUUAUCAUCUAGUCCUAUUGCCCUGGAAAUUAACACUUCUGAUUCAGAGGAGGAAUUCCAUACAGGAAGCCUGAUAGAGAAUCGGGAUUCUCCAAUGGUGAAGUCAAGUACUGAAGAAAUGUGCAGCAGUUUUGAUCAUAGCCAAGAUAUUUUUUUAACUCAGAGGUCUUUAUUAUCAAGGCAUGUAUCCGAUAGUCCCAGCAGUUCUUCAUCAUCACCUGCUCCUAAACGGGCCAAGAAGGGAAGUAGGGAUCUGAGUGCUAAACCCACUCAUUCUCCAAAUAAUUUGCCACAGUUGUCUUCAAGUGGAGAAACUGUUUUGAAUGGAGAAACAGUUCCAGAGAAUAACAACCUUUCUCAGGAUAAUUUAAAAGGCUUUGAGGAAAUCAGAAAAUAUUCAGGUACAAAAGAAAGAGCUGUUCAGACAGAGGAUUUCUUUGGUUCCUCAGUAUUAGCUACCUCUUUACUCUUUAGAAGAGAAGUAGAUUUGUGUGAAAAGCCCCUGGACUUGACUUUGCCUGGAAGAAGCAGGUCAUGGGUUGGCAGUUCUGAGAAUGAUUCCUGUACCAUUUUAGCUGCUGGUGAUGUAGUUCACAUGAUUUCCCAAAAUGUUUCUGAGACUGUAAGUCCCAUGGAAGAUCAGACAAUAGGUUCAGGGUUAGCAACUGCUGUUCUUAGUGAUGACAGCCGGGAGAAGUGUGCUUGUAAUCAGCUGAGAAAACCAGAUGAGGUAAAAUAUAUUCAGACAAAGCUUAAUUCAUCCUUUUUCUUUAAAACGAAAGAUGAACCAGAUGCCAACAUUCCUAAAGAGUCUUCAGUAAAAUUAAAUAACAAAACAAACAAAGAUUCUAUCUAGAAAUUGAAUAGAGAUAGUAGACGCACAGUUCUAAAAACAUAGUUAUAUAAUUUGCAUGUUCCACUAGAAUAUCUUGCCUUCAAGAAAGAUGGAAUUUUUCUCAUUUAAUUUUAAAUGUAUAUCCUUCAUAGGUUUAAGAAAAUAGAUUGGGGAGUUGGCAAUUUAACUUCUUUGUGAUGCUAAAAUGAAAUUUCAACCAAGGUAGAUAUUUAAAACACAGAGAGAGCCAAGGCCUGCUCUACUUUUGAAUUAGAGGGCACCAUCUUAAUAUCAAUCCUUUAUCUUUUCAAGAAGUAAAAGUGAUAAUGCUCAUUAUGGCUAUGUCUAUAAUACACUAAAAACUGAGAUGAAAAGUGGGAAAAUUAAGUCAGUUACCCAGUGUGUAGGCAAAACAUCAUGAAGACUUAGAGGUCUUUGGGCAACAAGGUAGACAACCUGUACGUAGGUUGGCUUGCCGCAAGCCACAUUUAAUUAAGCCAGGCCUUUGUAAGCUUAGUCUCAAUCCACUGAGCCGCGGGCAUUAAUUUUCAGUAUCAUGAGCAGUGGGAGAAGAAAUCUUCCCCUAAAUUUCCACCUGGGCAUUUAAGGGAGAAGGAUAUCAUUUCUGGAAGAAUGGUCUGCUCAAUUUUCUUUAUUGUCCACAAUUUCAGAUGUUGAAAUGGUACUCCCUAGGCAUUUAGGAUAUCUACAGCUUUCAUAUCACAUUUUCUAACUAGUAGAUAUAGUAGUUAUUAUAGAGAUAAUAUUGAGUAAGGAAAGGUUAGAGGUGAUAUGACUAUAUAUGCUUUAUAAUGGAGCACCGUUUGGGGGCCUAAAAUAAUUUUAUGUGGUAUUGUGCUUUCAAAUAAUUACUUUUUCUUCUGAAUUUUCAGCCGUGAGCUAUUAGAAACAAUUUGAGGUUUGCUCAGUUAUUCCUCUUCUCAGAUGACAAAAGCUUCAUUUCUGUACCCCAAUUUUUUAGUAUGUUAUGACCUGUCAGACAUGUAUAUGUGUGUGUGUUGUGUGUUUAAGUAUAGUUAGUAAUUUCUUCAUUGAACUUCACUAAGUGUUAAAAGAUGACUCCAAAGAAUUAGUGAUAGCUUGAAUUGACAUUGGAUUCAGAGAGAAAACCUGUGAAACAAAGUCAUAAACUUUUUCUUGUUCUUUGACUUUAUGUUGAAAUAAAAGUCCUUUU